ACGCCCAAAGCUUAUGAGGGUGACAUGUCUUUUUCUGUCAACCUAGUCGCUUCUCAAUUGUUCUCACUGCUCAAGCUGCGUAAGGUCGGACCCUGCCGGUAGUGAAUAGGGUUUUUCGCCUAGAUGAAUCAGAUUCGAUCUCGGUACCUUUCCUUAGACCUUGGACCAUUUCUUUAACGUUUCAGAGUGUUUGUUUUUCCUCCGCUAUUCUGCAAGCGAGUGAUGCAUGCCUCUUUGGAAUGUCUCCAGCCGAUCGGUUUCGCAAUUGGCAAAGUUGAUAUUUCCGUUGUUUGCGAUUGUGAAGUGAAUCUCGUUGGUAGAUCUGAUUCCGUGUUUCGCUCGCGCAGUUCGACUCAUUCUCGGUUAUGCUGUCAAGGCACGCUGCGUUCCAGGUGAACACAUAUAAAAGGAUGAAGGCCUUCGCCUAUUGUUCCUCACGCUUCGAGCUUCGUGGCAUCCUUCUUCACAUAGCUUCUGUACUACAGUACGUCUAAGUCUUGUGGUCAUGUCGGCCGACAUCAUCGCCAGCCCACACGUCAUCUUUCCUGUACUGUCAGCUAAGGUUACCCUGAGCCUCGUCGUCGCUGCCGUAUUGUAUGCGCUUCUACCUUACCUCUUCCGCAAGAACCUCGUCGACAAGGAUGGCAACCCCAUUCCGCCUGGUCCCCUCAUUCGUUUUCCUUAUCUUCCAAAGUUCCCCGAACUCUCGCUCGAUGGCUGGGCGAAGCAGUUCGGGCCUAUUUACUCUGUUUGGAUUGGAAACCAACUCUACGUUGUGAUCUCCGACCCUCAUAUUGCUCGUGACAUCUUCGUCAACAAUGGCGCUAUUUUCUCCAGUCGCAAGGACUACUUCAUCAAAAACCAGGCUAUCCUUCGCGGGCGGGCUAUCACUGCCUCUCAGUAUAAUGAUAAGUGGAGACAGCAUCGCAGAAUUGCUACGCAGUUUAUGACAGCGCGUGCUGUCGAAGGUUAUGUCAACAUGGUUGACUACGAGUCUCACAUUCUCAUUCGCUCAUUCUACCAAGAGAGUUGCCACGGUGCGGUUCCUGUGAACCCUCAGUACGUCUCGGUUCGUUACACUCUCAAUGUGAUGCUCGCCAUAUCUCUGGGUACUCGUACGGAUUCCUUCAACGACCCAUUAAUUCAGAGAACUCUAAGCAUCGCCUUAGAGUUCAAUGAUCUCACAGGACCUGUCGCAAAUAUGGCUGACUUCAUCACUCCGUUGCAAUGGAUUCCCACUGCCAAACAAGUUCGAGGUCGCAAGCUGCACGAUGAGAUGGUCGAAGUCUACGGGGCUCUGCUUCUCAAGGUCAAGGCUCGGAUGGACGCUGGCGAAGACGUUCCAGAUUGCCUCGCCAAGACACUCUUUGAGAUUCGGGAGCAAGAGGGAUUAGACUGGGAAGAUAUGUGCAUGCUUACCGCGGUUUUCACCCUCGGUGGGGUUCAUUCCACCGCGGGAAUUGUUCAAUGGUUCCUCGCACUUCUUCCCUCUCAUCCUGAUGUGGCUCGUCGUGCAUAUGAAGAAUUGGAUAAUGUCGUCGGAACGGACCAGUUGCCUUCAGCCGAGGACGAGUGUCGUCUUCCUUAUAUUCGCGCGAUCAUUAAAGAAGUGCAACGCGUUCACGCACCAUUCUGGAUGGCCACGCCGCACUACUCGACUGAAGACUAUGUAUACAAGGGACUCUUCCUACCCAAGGACACCGCUGUUGUCUUGAAUUGUUACACUUUACAUCACAACGAGGAGCGUUACGCUGAUCCGCAUACCUUCAAUCCCGAUAGAUACCUCAAUGACCGACUGAGCUGUGCCGACUCUGCGAAAUUGAGUAACGUGAUGGAUAGAGACCACUGGGCAUUCGGAGCUGGUCGGCGCAUUUGCCCGGGAAUAGCCGUUGCUGAAUGUGUGCUCUGGCUCGCUGUUUCUCGCCUUCUCUGGUCGUUCACAGUCCACGAGUUGCCGAAUGAACCCAUUUCCCUUGAGGAAUACGAAGGCACCUCUGGGCGUACACCGGUCCCUUUCAGGGUCAGAUUGAUCCCACGCCAUGAUCGUGUGCAUUCUGUCAUGCAAUUGAGGGAUGAGAUCACUUUGUAAAUUUGACACUCCUUGCUCUCCCAUAUUUCGUUCUACCCCCACUGACCUUUUUGAUUUCGUUCGAGGAACUUUAGUAAUUUUCGCGGCCUAGUACAUAUCAGCAUAGCCAACCUUCAUUCAUCAGCAUAUUACAGUGCAUAAUUCCUCACGAUGUAGCAUAUCCUAUAGUCUCUGUUAGUAUAUGCGUAAAUAGUAAUAUACGAGGCCACAGAGUGGCUUUCGACUUU